AUGUCUUCUCAUAAAAUAGUCAUUCUGUAUGGUUCCGAAACUGGUAAUAGUGAAGAUUUUGCAACCAUCUUGUCGCAUAAACUUCGAAGACUGCAGUUCCCACAUACACUAUCAGCUUUCGGUGAUUUCGAUCCAUCCAAAAUUUUAGAGACUAGAUAUCUCUUCAUUAUCGCUGCUACAACUGGUCAAGGUGAACUCCCAAGGAAUGUUCAUGAAUCUUCUGUCGGUAAUGCCAAGAGUAAGACAUUAUGGUCCAUUUUAAAGCGCAAAAAGUUACCAGCUAAUUUCCUAAGUCACGUUCAGGUAUCUUUCUUAGGAUUAGGCGAUUCAUCAUACCCCAAAUUCAAUUUUGGUAUCAGAAAAUUACAUCAAAGAAUGGUGGGCCAAUUAGGCGCUAAGGAGCUUUUUGAUAGAUUAGAAGCAGAUGAACGAGGUAUGGCAGGAAGUAACAAGGGUACUGGUUCGGGUAUUGAAACGGUUUAUUUUGAAUAUGAAAAACGUGUAACUGAAUUACUAAUGAAAAAAUUUCCUCGACGUUGUAAUGAUGAGGGACUACUAGUUGAUAGAGUUGAAAUUGAUUCGUCGGUUUAUAUUGAACCGAAAACUUAUCUAGAAGUAGCUAAGAAUGAAUUAUCCACAAAUACAGUUGUAUUCAAAGGAGAUGCUUCUAUCAAAUAUGGUAUUGUUACCGAUAAUAAACGGAUUACCAAGGAAGACCAUUUCCAAGACGUUAGACAAUUUAUUUUCAAUAAUGAAAAGCAAGAUGAAAGGCCAGAGUAUUAUCCUGGCGAUACUGUGUCCAUUUAUCCAUGCAAUACUGAUAUAAAUGUCCAGAGGUUUCUUGAUAAUCAAUCACAAUGGCUGGAAUUUGCUGAUGAACCAUUGGAAUUCACUAAUGGGGUUCCUGAGGGUUUAAGCGAAGGUGGAUUAGUUGAACCGUUAACAUUAAGAAAUAUCUUGAAGUAUCAUUGUGAUUUGAUGGCCAUUCCAAGAACUAGUUUUUUCAUGAAAAUUUGGAUGUUUGCAACUGACGUUAGUAGAAUGGAAAGAGGUCAAGAACAGUUGGAUCAACAGAGAGAUAAAUUGUACGAAUUUGCUACUGAUCAAGAUAUGCAAGAGUUGUAUGAUUAUUGUAAUCGGCCAAGAAGGUCAAUUUUAGAACUUGUGGAAGAUUUCCUUUCAUUGAGAUUACCUUGGCAAUUCUGUCUAGAUUUUUUACCUAAGAUAAAGCCACGCUAUUAUUCCAUUUCAAGCGGUGCAUGUGAUGAAAACAUUGAAACCACAGUGGCCAUUGUUAAAUAUAAGACCAUUCUUAAGAAGAUUAGGAAAGGGAUAUGCACCAAUUACAUUGCAAGUUUGAAGGAAGGCGAUAGGAUUCGUUAUAAGAUUCAAAAUAAUCAUUUAAUUAAAGAUGAGUAUAAGGAUAAACCUAUGAUAUUGAUGGGACCUGGUGUUGGUCUUGCUCCAUUACUAUCUGUAAUCAAAUCGCAACCAGCAGGUAGACCUGAUAUUAAUUUAUUCUUUGGUUGUAGAUUUAAGGAUAAGGAUUAUUUCUAUGAAGAAUUAUUGGAAUCAUGGAAUAAAAAUGGGGACAUCACUUUGUAUCCUGUCUUUUCCAGAGAUCGUGAAAAUUCACCUGAUUGUAAAUAUAUUCAAGACGCAGUGUGGAAGUUUGGUCCUGCUAUGACGAAUUUGAUGGUUAAAGAGAAAGCUCUAUUAUUUUUAUGCGGGGCAUCAGGUAAGAUGCCUAUACAGAUAAGAUUGACAUUGAUUGAAAUGUUAAAGAAAUGGGGUGGAUUUAAAGAUGAAGCUGAAGCCAAGAAUUAUUUGAAAGAGAUGGAAAGAGAGGACAGAUAUUUACAGGAGACCUGGUAA